AUUUUCAACAAAAUCAAACAAGCAAAUCAGUUGUGCAAACAGAUUGCUGAAAUUAUAACGAAUGAAAUAUUAGAUUUAGAAUUGUAUAAUCUUGUCUAUCGUGAACUAACCUUAGAGUUCAUUUACAAGGAAUUCAUUGACCAAUUAAUUGAUGAACAGUUGCAUCGUUUGGCAACGUCUUCUUUAACCAAAUCAAUGGCUAUGUCAUUAUAUGACUAUUCGUUAAUUAAGCGUUGUUUUAAUCGCUUCCACUAUGUUAUAUGGAAACGUGAAGAGGUUAUACAACAUCAGAUUCUAUUGAAUACAAUGCCAACACCUGUCGGUGCUGAUUGUCUACCAUUACGUUUGAUGACUGUAAACAAUCAGAUUAAGAGUAAUAUGGAGCAGUUUAAAUUGUCUUGUAACUUAUCAUCAGGUAUAGAUAAACAUUCCUCACAUGUUGAAAACAAAUCUCCACUAUUGGUUAAUUCAAUGACAUCAAGGUUUCUGCCAGAAAUUUCUAAAGUUAGUUCUGUUUCAUAGUAAAUUCUCAUUUCAUAUCUUUGUAAGUUUUAAACUGAGAGAGUCAAUAGAUGGAAUGAUCAGAAAAAAUUAAUGUUUAACCUUGAAUAUAGAAGUACAUCAGUUGAAGUUGCCACAAUUCACAGUAUCAUGACAAGAACAAGUGGAUAAAAAGAGAUUGAUAUGAAAGUAGACAAAAGUAAUAUGGGAGGAGAGAGAAUUUAAAAAUUAAGGUUAGUUAAAGCAUUCAAGCUUUCGAAGACAUCAAAGAAUGAGUACAUCUACCCGAUUGUGACCGAUUUCUAUCGACUUGAGAAUUGUAAGCAGAUAGAUAUUGAUUCUAAGCCAUAUCGCCUACAGUUUCCAACCAGCUAUUUCUGUUGUUAUGCAAACUUUAACCGUUGGAUGGUGAACUCACUUGGAGUGUUCUAAGACCAUCUUCAUUAUUGAUUAAAUAAAUAUCCACUAGGCAUAUACUCAUCAAUUUUAAUUGCUACGCAUGGUUGUUCUUCAACUGUACAACAGCAUGUUACAAGUGUAGCUUAUUGGAUUCACAGGAGAUUGAUUCAUUUCCCUUUAGUCCUUCGUAUUGAAUGACUGGCCAGAUUCAUGUCUAUCGAAAAAGUGAUCCGGUAUCAUUGUGAUUGGUCAAUUCGACCAAUCAUCAAUAACUAGAGAGCAAUUAAUGCUAAUGAUUCAGUCGUUUAGUCCAACAAAUGAUUGCAAUGAUAAUAAUAGUAAUAAUAAUGAGGAUAAUAAAGAGGCAGUUGAUCGUCUGUUAGUUGGUUUUAGCUAUAACUAUAUCAUUGCAUGAAUCUGUUGAUUCACUUCAAGGUUUACAGAAUACAUUGCAUGAUGAUGAUGAUGAUGAUGGUAUCUGUUUACUACGACUAACCAAUCAUAUUUCAUCUUCAGGAUAUAAUUUUUUACCAAAUCCUUAUUGGUCAGUGAGUGAAUUUACAGCAUUCUCUUCAAUGGUUUGAAGAUUGUUGUAGUGGAGUAAAACAUUGGACUCUGCAAUUAUUGUUGGCAGCAAAAAUCAUCGAAACUUUCAAAGUAAUCAUAUUAUUAGUGAUGAGAAGAAGUAUUCGACUGCAGCCUCAUUAUCAUCCCUUGUGUGUGUGUCAUCAUCUUUCGCAUUGACUACUGAGGCUGUCUUCUAUACAGAGUUGGAUGAUCUCAUCCACCAGUAUAGUAUAUUGAUGAGAGUUUCCUGCGUCCAUUAGCUGAUUUAUCUAAAAGUUGGAAACUGCAUGAUUUAGUUGAUCCGUCAUUGAAAUCUUUAAUUGAUGCAUACCACUUCAGUUUAUCUCAUCUGUUAGAUCAGUUAACUACUCCGGUGAAUAAAGAUUUGACCAAUACAUUGCAUGAUAUUCUUUUCUUGUCAAAACAUAUUCUUCAUUUAAUUAAUAUGUAUUGAUUUUGAAGAAACAGAAAAUUCUAGUAAUCAUCUUUCAUCAUGGAAUUUAUUCACUCAAAAUUGGAUAAUUAUUCAUUUCAAAACAAUUACAUUGAAAUUUAUCAACUACUCAUGAUUCGAUUCAAAUGUCUAUACAUAAAAUUGAACAAGAGGAGUUUACAUUAUACAAAGAAAACAAUGUUUAUCUCUGCGUCUUCAUUGAAGAGAUUGUCAGCGUCAUCACCAUCACCAUCACCGUCAUCAUUAUUCAAUUCUAUUCAACAAACAUUACCUUCUGCCUAUUUGCCACCUAAUUUAAAUUUAUUCUUUGUACUAAUUCGUAAUUGUUUAAAUAAUCUAUCGAGCUUAUUUUCCAAUAGUAACAGUCAGUAAUAAUACUCAUGUGCAUAAUAUUGAAUAUAUAAAGGUGACUGAAUUCUCGAGUAUUAUUGCCAAGUGGAUAGAUCGAAUUGAACCGGCUGGUAGAUUGAUGAAUGAGUUGAUAACUGAAUACUUUAAAGAAUUAA